AAUAAAAUGAAAAGAUAAACAAAACACAAUCAUAUAUUAAAGCAGAUAAAUGUAAUAUGUUUUAAAAACUUUCGAAACAACACCUACACGUAUAUGCACGCAGAGAGAUUAAUAGAAAGCCACAAACACACAUUCGAUUCAAUAAUGAAAGUACAUUAAAAAAAAAAACACUAAACCAAAAAAUUUCGACGAGCCCUAUACUUAAACUGAAACUUAAACUGAACAAACUCUUAACAAUCAGUCUUGAAUUUAUAUAUUUCAACACGUGUUUGCAUCAAUAUUUUCAUUUAAUCUAAGCUCGUACGAAAUUAAACUCGGCUAUAAUUCAAAGUCUAUCCUUUGAUAUAUGAAAGCAUUUUUAUUUGGUUACGGAUUUUUACUUGCAUCAUUCUCUUUUUCCUGUUCCUAUUCCUGUUCCUGUUCCUGUUCCUGUUUACUUUCACUUUUUGCCAUUAAGUUUCGUAAUAUUUAUCCGUUAAUAUGCCCCGCUGUUUAAUGGCAAAAAAAUGGAAAGCCUAUCCUUGGCCAGAUCGUGCUGAGGAGAAAAUUAAUACCAGCCCAAUUAUUAACACUGGCACUGCUAACAACGUCAACGGUAGUAGUAGUAAUUCUGGUUUAACUUCUACUGCAAUCAGUGACUCGGCAACGGAGUUAACUGGACAAGUGCUUGAGAAAAAGGAAUCCAUUAAUGAAUUGAAUAGUCGUCACGAUGUUGUCGAUGAAGACGAAGAAAUUGAUGUGGUCGGGGACAACGUCUUAAACAAUUCACUUUCAUCUGCGAUCACUACUGCUAACGCAACGGUGAUAAUAAAAUCAAGCGAUUUAAAAACAACAACAGAUCAUAAUAACGGUAAUAAGCCUACGGCUACCUGCUGGGGUCCAUCGUCGCCAACGGCAGGCGCAACAGCCCCCAGUCCGCCACCACAUUCCCCAGAAGCAGCAACUCGAGGUUCAACUACAUUGUAUAACGGUUAUGGUCACGACGUUUCAUCUUUACAUUACACUGCGUACCUGCCCCGCUUGGAGAACGAAGUAACCGUGAUAACCAGUACAUCCAGCAUGCAACAGCAUCCAACACACUUUACUAGUUAUCACAAUACCGCAACACCUUCCUCUCCUUUAAACAAUCACAGCGUUAACCACAACAUCAAUAACAAUAGCAGCAACAGUAGUACGCAAUCGCCUUCUUCGUCGCCUCAUUCAAGUCGUAGUAGCUUUACAAAUGAACGUCUUAGUCCGCCCAUAAUACGCAUUAAAUCCGAACAUAGCUUAGGGGAUGAUGUCGAUUCGAAUGGCAGUAAUGGCAGUAGCACAGAGACGCGUAAAUGCUACAGCAGCACGGGGGCGGCUUUAUCACUGCCCCCGAAGAAGAAAGAUAUCUACCGGCCAUAUUCUUUGGACGACAGACCCAGCAUUGAGCGAGUAAGGUUGCGUGUGCCUGCAGAAGAAGAUUUGCAUGCAGCACAUGCCAUACUGGAUUUGAGUGCUUCUACCGCUUUUCAUCCGCCCACGCAACCACAUCAAUUACAUCAGACACACCAGCACCAUAUCACCGCCACAAACUCUAGCGCCUCGCAUCAUCAGCCUUUACAUAACUUGCAUCACAUAACGCAUGCCAUCCAAUUGCAGCAACAACAACCACAACCACAACCACACCAUCAAUUACAAAAAACCUCUAUAAUAGUACAACAACAGCAACCGUUAACACAACACAAUAGUCCAUCUAUAGCGGACUUGGCGGCUGCAGCUAGCGUUGCCAACGAACAACGUCCAAAAUCAAAUUGCUCGCAGCACAGCUUGCAAAGCAAUUCGGAUUCGGAAAGACAUCCGAGCUCACCAACUAGCAUGGUACAAAAUGAGAAUAACAACACAACUAAUCAAUUUCCCAAAACCGUUGCCACUGGCACCAAGACCGUGGCCUAUACCUAUGAAGCUUUCUUUGUUAGCGACGGCCGUUCGAAGCGCAAGAAUAUUACUGAUCCGGCUGUCGCCAUGCAACAAGAACAGCAAAAGGCCAAAUAUACAUGUAGUGAAUGCGGUAAACAAUAUGCGACUUCUAGUAAUCUAUCACGUCACAAACAGACUCAUCGCUCACUCGACUCGCAGUCAGCUAAAAAGUGUCAUACUUGUGGUAAGGCGUACGUAUCAAUGCCCGCCUUAGCCAUGCAUGUAUUGACACAUAAACUAUCGCAUAGCUGCGGAGUAUGUGGCAAACUUUUCUCUCGUCCAUGGUUAUUGCAAGGUCAUUUACGUUCUCAUACAGGUGAGAAACCUUACGGUUGCGCUCAUUGCGGCAAAGCAUUUGCUGAUCGUUCGAAUUUGCGUGCCCAUAUGCAAACUCAUUCCGUUGAUAAGAAUUUCGAGUGUAAACGCUGUCACAAAACCUUCGCUUUAAAAUCGUACCUCAACAAACAUUUGGAGUCGGCUUGUCUAAAAGAUGAGGCGGAUAUGCAAUUCGAUACCAGUACCAGUGAUAGCGGCGGCAUGACUUCACCUACACCUACAGAAGAUUAUAACCCUCCCAACUAUGCAACGCAAGCACAAAACGUAUUGAAAAUCUCGCAUAUACCACAACCAGUACCGGCAGCAGCUAUUGUCAAGGUAGAGGCUACCUUUGCGGGUUGAGAGUAUUUUCAACACGCUACUCUUUUUGUAAGUAAGUAACAAUAAUUGAUGUAAUAUUAGCAGUAUAAUAAUAAAGCAGCAUAACAAUAAUAACAACAAUAUAUUAACAAGUGGAAAAAGACGAGAACACACACAAAAGAAAAUAAAAACAAAAAUAAGAAUAAUCAAUGCGAAAAAGAUUACGAUUUUGAGUUUUUUCAUGCAAAAAAACAAUUGACAAUAUGUGUGUACAUAAAGAGUUUUUCAUUUCAUUACUCGUAACAACAUAAU